AUGAAUAAUGUCUCUGAUGAUCCUCUCUUAGGACACAACUAAAAUAACAAUCAAAACAGAAAUAAUAAUGCUCAAAAUAAUAAUAUCUACAGCCAAGACUAGUAAAUUAAUCAGCAUCAGUAGUUAUAUCAGCAGAUGAACUAAAAUAACAUGUAUAGCCAUUAUUAGAAUUAAUAGUUGCCUGCAAUGUAUAAUCAGAAUCAAUAUUAUCAAAAUAACUAUUAGCCAUUAGGAUAGCCAUUGCCUUAGCAGCAAAAUAACCUAUAAUAUGACUAGCAGUAAUACUAUGACCCAUUAAUAAAUGAUUAGCAGUAAUAAUUUAUAGGUCUUUCUAAUUCAUAGUUAGAAAGAGAAAGAAGAAGAUUAAAUUCAGAGAAACUUGUAAGAAACCUGUUUGGGGAGAUGACUUACACCGUUCUAUUUAUCAUUAUGAUUUUGAUUGUGAUCCUUGUUAAUAUAAGCCAAGAUGUUCUCCCUAAGGAUGAUAUAGUUAAAAGGUGGCUUACUGUAAUAAUGGGGUAUUAUGUUGGAGAGUUUAUCUUGCAGAUGCUUCAGUAUCACUUUAUUCUUAAAACUUAGAGGGAAAACUUGUUGGUAAUGGCGACUAGAUUCUUAGGCAUGGUGUUUCUGGUCGGGUGGUUAGUUUAUGGAAAUGUUAUUUACUAUCAGUAACUUGACUAUCACAAUAUCAACACUGGAUAUAGAUGGGUUCUUUUCAUCUUACUUCUGUUUGGCUACUUCGAGAUGCUCAAAUGCUGUUGUGUAGGCACCCUCGUCUGCAUUAUGGCACCAUUUGUAAUAAUAGCCAUCAGAAGAGGAGCAAGACCCAACUGGAUACCAGCACCUCCACGAUUCGUCCAAAAUCUAGUUAAAGAUAAGUUCAAUCCAGACAGAAAUCAAGCUUUCGAGUAAUGCGCAAUUUGUUUACUUGACUUUUAAAAAGACGAUGAAAUAAUUCCAUUGCCCUGUGACGAAAAACAUUAUUUCCACCCAGAAUGUAUCGAAUAAUGGCUUAAAAAUAACAAUACAUGUCCUCUUUGCAAAAAAGCUAUUACAAAGGAAGCUCUUGAAAAAUAGAAAAAAGAAAAGAAAAGCACUAACAAUAGAGCAAGAUGA